UCUGGAGGGCUCGGGCGCAGAUGGACGACGGGAAGUCCGUCUACUUCUGGGAAACAGGGCCUUGGGGGAGGUGCAUGGGCAGCGACUGCGGCCCCGGUGGCAGCCAGAGCCGGGCGGUGUGGUGCGCCCACGUGGACGGCUGGACCACGCUUCACACCAACUGCGACCAGGCCCAGCGUCCGUCCAACCAGAGAAACUGCUUCCGUGUGUGCGACUGGCACAAGGACCUUUAUGACUGGCAGCUGGGACCCUGGAACGAGUGCUUGUUGGUGUCCGCCAGGGCCUUGGAUGCCCCGCGCCUUUUCACCUGUAGCGGAGGCAAAGAGGGCAUCCAGACCCGGGAGGUGGGCUGCAUACUCAAGUCGGAUGGAUCUCCAGCCGAGGACGCGAUCUGUGAGUACUUUGAGCCUCAGCCCCGCCUGGAGCAGGCCUGCUUGAUCCCCUGUCCUCAGGAGUGUGUGGUUUCUGAAUAUUCUCCGUGGACCUCUUGCUCUAAAACCUGUGGAACCGGCCUCCGGAACCGGGUCAGAAGCGUCUUGGUUCCUCCUCUUUAUGGAGGAGCCUUCUGCCCCAACCUCACUGAGUUCCAGUCAUGUAAACCAGGACCUUGCACCGGCCCAGAGGGCAUGUACAGUCUCAGGGUUGGGCCCUGGAACCCCUGCAUCUUGCCACAGACCCGGACGGUGCGCCAGGCCAAGCGCAGGAAGGGUAAAGGUCAGGGAGGGGACAAAGAUCCGGAGACAAGGGAGCUUAUCCAAAAGAAACGGACCAGGAACCGCCUAAACCGGCAAGAGAGUUCUUUCUGGGACAUCCAGGUUGGCUACCAGACCCGAGACGUCACCUGCAUUCACAGAAACAGCAGCUCUGUGGGACGAAGCCUGUGCAGCCAGCGGGAGGUGCCGCUCACCAUCCAGUCCUGCGUCCUGUCCAAAGACUGCCAGGUGAGCGACUGGAGCGACUGGGGCCUCUGCUCCAAAACCUGCGCCGACCCCGCCAACCCCCGAGGACACCGCACUCGGGGCAGACAGGUGCUCCAGUUCCCCGUGGGCGACGGCACCGAGUGCCCACCGCUGGACGAGAGGGAGCCGUGCGUGCCUGAGGGUGACGCCUUGAUGCCUUGCGCCGCCUACACGUGGAGGACCACUGAGUGGGCCGAGUGCCGAGUGGACUUGUUGCUGAGCCAACAGGACCGUCGACGUGGCAACCUGACGGGACUUUGUGGGGGAGGUCUGCAGACCCGCGAGGUCUACUGUGUCCAGGCCAAUGCAGAGCUCCUGAAGUACAUGGAGGACGUCAGGGAGAAGGACAAAGCUGCUCAGACCCAAAAGCAACAGAAGCCUAGUGUCCCUCCCCUCCUGUCCAUCUCCUUCCAGAUCACAGCUUCACGCCCAGUGGAGAACUGGCUGUGCGAGGGUCCUGUUCCCGAGCGGUCCCAGCUGUGCCAGAUAGCGUGUCCCGUCGAGUGCCAGGUGUCGCCCUGGGGCGCUUGGGGGCCGUGCACCUUCGAGAACUGUGACGAUCAGGCGGCAAAGAAAGGUUUCAAACUGAGGAGGCGCCAGAUCACCAACGAGCCAACAGGGGGCCCUGCUAAUUGCCCGCACCUGGUGGAGGGGCUGCCCUGCGACGAGCCCAGCUGCUACGACUGGCGUCUGGUCGGGUUGGACCGCUGCGUCCCCGCCGAGCAGAGGGCCUGCGGGCCUGGCACGCAGCUGGCACAGGUCCAGUGUGUCAACAGCAACGGGGAAGAGGUGGACAAAAGUCUGUGCUCGUCCACACCGCCUCAGGAGCCCGUGGUCUGUGAGGUGCCUUGCUCCAGGGACUGCGUGCUCAGCGACUGGACAACCUGGUCCACCUGCUCUCAGACCUGCUCCAGUAAAACCAUCGAGGGCAAGCAGAUGAGGACUCGCUCCAUUCUGGCCUACAACGCAGGAGAAGUCACUGCCAUGGUGGUGGCCUGGAUCACAGUGAUGGAGGGUCUUUCACGUGUGCCGAAGUUUCCUGAACUUUUGGGUGGCGCCCUGUGCCCCAACAGCAGCGCCCUCCAGCAGGUGCGCAACUGCAACGAGCACGCCUGCACCGUCUACCACUGGCAGACCGGGCCUUGGGGGCCGUGCACCGAGGACCCCUCCACCGCUUCGUCCCUCAACGCAUCGGCGGCGGGCUCUGGCAGCACGGGCCCUGGUGGCUGCUUCAAGGGCAUGCAGACCCGGAAGGUCAUCUGUGUGCGCGUCAAUGUGGGCCAGGUGCCCCCCAAGAAGUGUCCCGACGGGCCUCGGCCCAGCACAGUGCGGCCGUGUCAGCUGCCCUGCAAGAAAGAUUGCAUCAUGACCCCUUUCAGCGAGUGGACAGCCUGCCCUGUUACCUGUGACGCAGCUGGUAACGCCGUGAAAAGGAAGCAAUCGAGGAAGCGUCUCAUCAUCCAGAUGCCUUCCAACGGAGGCCAAUACUGUCCCGAGCUGCUGGAGGAGGAGAGAGACUGCCAGCUCCCGGAAUCAUGUCCAGGCUUCAGGUGGAAAACCCAUAAAUGGAGAAAGUGCCAGCUGGUCCCUUGGUUCCUCAGGCAGGACCGGCCUGGCGCUCAGGAGGCCUGUGGGCCGGGGCUUCAAACACGAGCUGUGUCCUGUCGGCAGCUGGACGGCACACAGGUGGACGUCAGCGAGUGUCUGAAGUCGGCCAGGACCAUGCCGGCCAUCACUCAGCGCUGUCAGCUGCCCUGCCAGGACGACUGCCAGCUCACCAACUGGUCCAAGUUCUCGUCCUGUUCGGCCGACUGCGUGGGGGUGCGCACCAGAAAGAGGACACUAAUCGGGAGGAGCAAGAAGAAAGACAAGUGCAAGAACACGCAGAUGUACCCCCUGAGCGAGACCCAGUACUGCCCCUGCGACAAGUACAACGCCCAGCCGGUGGGCAACUGGUCCGACUGCAUCCUGCCUGAGGCGGGCCGAGCCGAGGGCACGUUGGGUCUGAAGGUCCAAGGGGACAUCAAGGAGUGUGGACAGGGCUACCGCUACCAGGCCAUGGUGUGCUACGACCAGGACAGCAGGCUGGUGGAGACGUCGCGAUGCAACAGUCACGGUUACAUCGAGGAGGCGUGCAUCAUCGCCUGUCCCUCCGACUGUAAACUCAGCGAGUGGUCCAACUGGUCCCGCUGCAGCAAGUCCUGCGGCAGCGGCGUCAAAGUGCGCUCCAAGUGGCUCCGAGAGAAACCUUACAACGGGGGGCGGCCUUGUCCCAAGCUAGACCACGUCAACCAGGCUCAGGUGUACGAGGUAGUGCCCUGUCAGAGCGACUGCAAUCAGUACGUGUGGGUGGCCGAGCCUUGGAGCGUCUGGAAGGUCAGCAACGUGGACCUGAAGGAGAACUGCGGAGAAGGUGUCCAGACCAGAAAAGUCAGGUGCAUGCUCAACACCAUCGACGGCCCUUCAGAGGCAGUGGAGGACUACCUGUGCGACCCCGAGGAGAUGCCUCUGGGGGCCCGCGAGAGCCGGCUGCCCUGCCCGGAAGACUGCGUCCUCAACGACUGGGGCCCGUGGAGCCGCUGCAGCCUGCCGUGCACCAGGAGCAAGAGCCGCGCGCGCUUGGCGUACACGCUGCGCUCUCCCAGCGUGGGAAGACUUUGUCCAAACAGCAGCGAGGAGGAGCCCUGCGGCCUCAACCUCAACUGCUUCAACUACUUCUACAACAUCACGGACUGGAGCACAUGCCAGCUGAGUCCCAGCGCCGUGUGCGGGAAGGGAAUCAAGACCCGCAUGCUGGACUGCGUCCGCAGCGACGGAAAGUCCGUCGACAUGAAGUUCUGCGAAGAGCUGAAUCUGGAGAAGAAGUGGCAGAUGAACAUCUCCUGCGUGGUCGAGUGUCCCGUUAACUGUCAGCUGUCCGAGUGGUCGGCUUGGUCACAGUGCUCUCAGACGUGCGGCCUGGAGGGUAAGAUGUGGCGCCAGAGGUCAGUGGUUCAGGCCUCGCAGGGCGACGGCCGUCCAUGUCCGUCCCAGAUGGAGCAGUGGAAGCCGUGUCCUGUCCGUCCUUGCUAUCGCUGGCAGUACAGCUCCUGGUCCGAGUGCAGGGUGGAGACCGUGGUGUGCGGUCACGGCACUCGCUACAGGAACCUGACCUGCUUCGUGUCAGACGGCGGCGAGGACGGCGAAGGCAGCCAGGUGGACGAGGAGCUGUGCGGCGGCCUGGACUUGUUGGUGGACGGAGAUAAACGAAUCAGCCUGAAGGAGGCCUGCACGCUGCCCUGUCCAGGUGAGUGCUACCUGAUGGAGUGGUCGGACUGGAGCACCUGCGUCAGCAUCUGCGCCAAGGAGGCCGGUGUGGACUUCGGUUCUGUUCAGGUUCGCUCGCGUGCCGUGUUGGCCCAGGAACCUGAGAACCUGCAGCUGUGUCCAGACCAGGCCUGGGAGUCUCAACCCUGCACAGGAGGCGAGUGUUACGAGUACAAGUGGCUCAGUGGCGCUCGACCCGACUCAUCCCGCCCGCUGAUCUGGUGUCAGCGCUCCGACGGACUCAACGUCACCGGGGGCUGCCCUCCCGUCACCCCCAUGGCGGACAUCGGCGCCUGCGACCCGCCUUGUGUCCCGCCGACGUCCUUCUGCAGCGAGGCGGGAGUGUGUGUGUGCGAGGAAGGCUUCACAGAAGUGCUGUCCCCCAGUGGGCUGCUGGCCCAGUGUGCCCCCAUCCCCGUCCUGGAGAUCCCCACAGCGGGGGACAAGAAAGGGGACGUGAAGACCAGUCGUGCCAUUAACCCCACGCUGCCCGCCACCACCCAACCCGGACGCACGGGCCGGACCUGGUACCUGCAGCCCUACGGACCAGAUGGCAAGUUGAAGAUUUGGGUGUAUGGGGUGGCUGCCGGAGCCUUCGUGCUGCUCAUCUUCAUCGUGUCCAUGAUUUAUCUCGCUUGCAGCUACUGUGCCAGGGUGCAUCGCUCUCUUGCGGCCCAAGAGUGCGACGCCAACGGGACGGCGGUGUGGACGGGCCAGAACCCCCACGGAAUGGUCUACACCUGUCCCGACUGCCAAGAGCUGGCCCAGAGCAGCAGCAGCAGCAGCUAACCAGGAAGUGGAGGGUUCACAACAAGUCCCGCCUCCCCGCACCAAACCCCUCCCAGCACGCCCCUCCAGCUAAAGUGCCUGCAGCCUAUGACCUCCCCCCCAGCCGGGGCGUCAUGUGACUAACCUUAAUAUCGGGGUGAGACGAUGGAGAAGCAAAAAGCCAAAGAGACCUCAGAGACAGAGGCAGCAAAACAAUCGCCUCAAACCUUUGACGCUGGCCUACGACGGGGACACGGACAUGUAGUCGUGCCGAGGGGACGCAUGGCUUCACCUAUCACGGCGGGAACGUUUUUCUUUUGUUUUUUUUUGUUUUUUUCUUCUUGUGCAGCAUGGAGGGACCCGUCCCACAGGCGAGGAGAAGGAGAAAAUCCUCUUAGAGCACACGAGAACAUCUCUUUUUUUUAAGACAUCCUUUUUUUUUUUUACUGUGCAAGUCAGUCAUGACCUUUGCCCUCUUCUGUCAAAUGCCUUUAUUUGUUAGCCCCCCCCCCCCCCCCAGCAUCAUCUAGAAGUAUUUUCCAACACGAGAAGCAGGAGACAAAGACUUUUUCUGCUGAGUCGCUGGAGGCUUAGGAUGCUGUGACGCUUCCUACGUUUGCCAAAAGUCACCGCGGGGGAAGAAGAGAAGGAUGAGGAGGGAUGGAUGAGAGGGGGGGGCCGGGGGAAAAUCUCCAUAAAGGGGUUUAGAAUUCCUCCUCAAUCCUCGCCUGGACUCCAAACUCCUGGCAGAAGAGGGACACUCUUUUUUUUUUUUUGGUUGCCGUCGCCAUGGAAACUGGCCGCUCCACCCCGACUGUGUUUUACAUGCACUAUAUUAGUGCUGCACACGGAGCAGGAGGACAUCGUAUGUACAGACUUCCUUCGCUUGUCGUCUGGUGGUGCGAGCGCCUUCGUUUGUGGCGACUAGGGGAGGUUGCUAUCGAGUCCAGUGUUUGUGGCUUUGGCGCCAUCUGUUAGGCGGUUUGCGUGUCAUAACGUCGCUCCUUAACACAGCUCAUAUACGCACCUGGGGCUGUAUUUAUCAAGCUUCUUAGAAUUACUCCUAAGAAGUCUGCUAAGAGUUGACUUAAGAGUAAAGAAAUUCUUCGCUGAAAGCUGCACUUAAAAGUUAGUUAUCAAGCGUCUUACUCACACUUGCAGCGAAGUGUAGGACUGAAUCUUAAGUGUCACACUCAGAGCUAAAUUACGACAUUACUAUGUGCCGUAAACGGAAUUUUAGGUGACGUCAUUUCUGUGUCCAUAGAAAUGACCAAUCACGGAAGGGAAUCCCUUGUCUAAGAAUAAAGAAAUAUCUUAGAAAUAUUUAAGUGGACAAUGGGAGUGUAUAUUUUGACAAUAAACUACAAAAUAAUACAAAACAAACAAACAAUAUUGGCAAUGAAUCAAAAAUAAAUGUUUCCUUUUUGUUGCACCUUUCCUGCUUUCUGCUCCCAGACCGUAGUCGAAGAGCGCAGGGGAGACACUUCUCCAGGAUGUAUGCUCGGGGCAACACCCUUCACUUUACCCGGCAGUGGGUCUCCACAGCGGACGACUUUAGGGUGAAUGAUGAGUCCGGCGAUUAGUUGCAAAUCUUGCUUUAUUGAUUGCUUGCACACAGCCAAUCCAACACAAAACACACUAGUCCCCGCCCGCACUCACGCUACCGCUCCCUCUCUUCUCUCGCCCACACACUCACUGACGUCACUCACCUCACAUGCUGUCACCUAUUAAAGGGCCACACACACACACGUUACUCUCAUAACAUUUUCUUUCCAAUUCAUUAAUUAGGCAACUACUUUGAAACUGGUGUGGGUGGCUCUAUAUAUACUAGCCCACUGCAGCCACAUGCAGAAAUCAACAUGGAAUCGAAAAUUAUUAAAUCUGUGACAAAAAUAAUACCCGCUCUGUCUAAACGAUACCGUUUGAUCAGCUGCUCGUCAUCAAACAAAGCCAGGACAUCCUUCCGCUCCCUGAACGUUCGCGCACGUCUCUCUCGCCUCAGUGCCAUCCCCUGCUGGCAACUCCUAACCACUUAGGACACCUCUGAAGGUCUCGUAAAUAUCAUGGAGAGUAGGAGUGAUUCUUAGACUUAAGAAAGUUGAUAAAUAGCUUUUAUUCUUAAGUUUGAGAGUAGGACUAAAUUUCGCAAAUUCUCAGGACUUAAGUGUAAAAUGGCACUCUAAGAUGCUUGAUAAAUACAGCCCCUGGUCUGCCAGAGCAUAAGAAGACGUGGCAGGCGGGAUGGGGGUUGCCGAUUCAGCGAGUAUUCGGACCCUGCUGGAUACGGUUUAAAGGGGAACUGCACUUUUUUGGGGGGGGAAUAUUUGUCCGUCAUUCACAAUCCUUAUGUGAGAAAAGAACACAUGUUUUUCUUUUCUUUUUUUUAACACAGCAAAAAGUCAGUGUUCAAAAACAAGAAAAAAAAAUAGGGGUAUUUUAUUUGAACUAAGCACAAUUAUCUGCCAAUAGAACAAGAAAAUAUGGCUUGUCAACACUUUCCAAAACAAGUAAAAUUAGCUAACCUCAAUGAACCCAAAAAUACCUUCAAAUAAGUAUAUUCUCACUAAUAACAACUGUACUACUUUAUGAGUACGUAUUUUCUAUUGUUUCAUUGAAAAUAAAACAGCAAAGUUAAUUUGGCCGUCGUCUGUUUUAAUUAUGAGACACAAUUAGACAGACAGACAGCAGCUUUAUUUUGUCCAUUCUUAACAUGUACAAGACACAUAAGAACUGAAAUUACAUUUUCGGCACAAUCCCGCUAAGAGCAGACAUACGUUACAGGGAGACAAGACAGGACCGCCAACGGAUCAGCCACUUACGGCGCCCCUUUAAAAGGUGGGAAAAAGGUGACAUUGGGAAAGGGGGAAGAGUAAAAAAAAUAUCAGUCUGAGGCUGGACCCUCAGGAGUGGUCCAGAUUGAGUCCGAGGAAAAAAACUCACAUAGCAUGGCACACAUAAACAUGGUACAUGUAAUCACAACAACUCGCAACAGAGGAGGGGAGAGUUGGGACCCUGGAGGCCGGCUGCCGCUAUUAAAGCGCUACUCAGCCCCCACAUCCCCGGAGGAAUUAAGCAGUGGUGAAGGCGUUGAUUUGGGGAGGGGCGUGUGCGUGCAUGUAUGCCCAAUUAACUUGGGUGAGAUGUUGGAAUGUCUUUGUGGACUGAGGCCGAUCUCAAAAGUUUGACCCAGGUGCUUUUUGAAAAAAAGGAAGGUCAAAAGCGUCCAUCUUUGAGGAGUCCUCGGGGGAGUUCUUUAGAACAGCCUGUUCCUGAUAGCAUCAAGGCCAUUCGAGGGAGUCAAAUCGUAGAUUAAGAUGUUGUUUUUUUCGAGCAGUCAAAACAAUGACAUUCCUGCUCUGUGUCCGUGUGCUGGCUCUCUCAAUUCCAAUUUAAUUAUUCUUCCUCAGCAAACUUCUCCAAGAUGAUAUCCAUUUUGCGAUUCAAAUCAGAAAUCGCUCCAGUCUGUGAUCCCACAGCACAACCCAAUCCUUCCAUUAUUAUUAUAGUUAUGUCAAAGUCAUAAUUUUUUUUUUUUUUUACAUGCUUGAAAUAAGAAAUGAUUACUUUAAAAAAGUAGUUUUAUACUUGUGAGUGUUGAUGACACAGCUUUGCAACAGUUGAUAUUCUGGUUUCAAGCAUGUUUUACUCAAUAUAGGUCAUCAAAUCUCAGCAACAAGCUGUAAUAUCUUACUGAGAUCAUUUAGGACCAAAACCCUUAAAACAAGUAAAACACAUCUGCUUAGUGAGAAGAAUUAUCUUAUCAGACAGAAAAUAAGCAAAUAUCACCCUUAUUUGAGAUAUUUAAUCUUACUAAGAUUUCAGUUUUUGCAGUAUACGCAUUCUAACUCGUAAAUAAACGUUAGUAAAGUCAGCUAAUAAUGGAGCCAAUUGGAGUCGCUCUAUUUCGCCUAUAGAGCGCUCUUAAAAAAUCAGUGUUUUACAUACACACUGUCAGUAUUUAUGUAAUGAAGUAACAGGCACAUUCAUAAUAACAUGGAAUAUUUACAUAUUUGGCGGAAUAUGUAUUUCACAGACGCAUCAUAAAGUUCGCUAUUUACUUCAACAGCAACAAUACUAAGACUUCAUAAGGGUCAACAAAACCUACAUGUUUUUUUUUUAGCCUAAAUAUAAAGAGCAUGAUCUACAAGUUUUAGAAGCUGAGUGCUAAACAGAUCCAGUUUUAGUGAAACGCUAAGCAUCGUGUGCUAAACAAGAAAUACACAUUUCGAACAUAAUAAAACACUCACUUACUGUACAAUGUCUGCUCUCAUUGGGACGCUGACUGAUGGAAUGUUUAUAUCUUCCCGUUUAGAUGAAGAGUUAAUCAUAGUCCUCAUGAAGAGUUAAAAAAAAGCACUCUGUGAUCACGGCGUCGCUAAAAAUAGUUUGCUAAUACUAGGUUAUUAUUCAGGUCACGACAUGUAAAUGGAGUAUUGAUAGCGCUUUUUGGAUGGGCAGAAUAACGAGCUAGGUAUUGUGAAUGAUAGGUAAAAUAAAAUAAAAAAUGUGCAGUUCCCUUUUAACGGUAAAUGUAUUCCAAUUUUUUUGGUAUGGAGCCUUCAGUACUGAGUUUAAAAAACAAGUGAAACAAGACAGGAAGUGUUUUUGUGUGUCAUUAAUUUACUUAAACAA